UUUCUUCAACACCCCCCAACCCACCCUACCACCUCAAGACUGAUUAAAAACAGGAGCUGCAUUUGGAUAUGUUAAGGUAAAAUUUAUCUUAUUAUGGGUUUAGAAGUAGAAGAUCACUAUGAGCCAAGCUCAACACCGAAGUUAUAUCUGUACAAACUUCCAUGCAAGCCUAGACAACCUCAAGAAAUGGUAACGCCGCCACUUCAAACAUCAGUUUCAGUACCAUUCCAAUGGGAAGAGGCGCCGGGAAAGCCAAGAGCCACCGCAGCAUUGUCGGAGCAAGCGAUCACCACCACACCUCCACCAGCUAAGUACAAAUCUGCCAGGUGCUUAGACUUGCCCCCAAGGUUGUUGACCAUAAAUCAUGAUACUGGUAAAAGUACCGUUCUGCCCUCACCAACAACAGUCUUGGACGGUCCCUAUGUGGAUCAAACCGUGUCAAACACAUGCUCGUUUUCGUUCAGACGAGAGCCAUUAGUGGGCCUCGAGGAAGGGAUUUUUGGUGGGGUGAAGUCGAAAAGCAGAAAGGAGAAGACGAAGUUUGGUUCUUGGAGGUGGGGGAGUUCUACAGAAAAUGAAAAGCCAGUCAGGGGUAGUUUUGACUUUUCAAAUUCUCUUAGGGAUGUUCCUGCGAAUGACAAGAAUGUGAAGAUCACCAGAAUAAGCAAAAAGAGCAGGAGCUUCUUCAAUUUCUCCAGCAGGAAUUCCAACUCCUGGACAUUUUUUCGAGCUUCAAGCUGGCGAGUCCGUGGAGAUGCAAACAAGAAAAGACGAACCUUUCAUGAAUGUUGUGAGAUUUAGAAGAUGUCUCUAAAAAAAUAUUAGCGAUUGAACUUAUGUUAUUGCAAAACCACGAGAAAUACAUUCCAUGUUCACUGUGGGAUGUAAUACUAGUCGAUGUCUAACCUUUAUUUAACUCUACUCUUUGCUGCAUUUAAUUAUUAUCUAUUUCAAAUAAAUGCAGAGACGUGUUUGAGUCA